CCCAAGAAAAACACAAUAGGCAUUACCUUAACAACUUCCUUUUAUUUCUUCCUCACGGCCAUAAUAAGGCAGCCGCUCGCAACGUAAUCCAUAAAGAAGAUCCUAAAAUAUUCACUAGAGGAAGACUUUCACUUGCGUGGGGAGGGUGUUAAGAAUUUAAAAAAAGAAGAAGCAAAAACAUAAAAAAUAAAGAUUUGACUUAUCCUAUUAAUUACUAGUACUAAUAUUAAUCAAGAAGUUGGCUAUAUUAGUUUUUAUUUUUAUUAUAUAAAGAGGGGAGGUUAGAUUAAGAGAUCAACAAAGACAGCAUAAAGCAGUAGUGGAGGAGGGAAGAAGAGAGAGAGAAAAUUAAAUCCUUAAAUGGACAACCUAUUGGGUCUUUUAAGGAUAAAAAUCAAGAGAGGUGUAAACCUGGCUGUACGCGAUGUCCGCAGCAGUGAUCCCUACGUUGUUGUCAAGAUGGGUAAACAGAAACUGAAGACGCGAGUUAUAAAUAAGGAUGUUAACCCUGAGUGGAAUGAAGAUCUGACCCUUUCUGUUUCAGAUCCAAAUCUUACUGUUAAGCUGACUGUAUACGAUCACGAUAUGUUUAGCAUGGAUGACAAAAUGGGAGAUGCAGAAUUUGAUAUCAAACCAUUUUUAGAUGCUCUAAAGAUGAACUUAGAUGGCCUCCCAUGUGGCACAGUAAUCACAAGAGUAACGCCGUGCAGGUCAAACUGUCUGGCCGAAGAGACUAAAGUGGUAUGGCAAGAUAACAAAGUUGUGCAAGAUAUGUGCCUGAGAUUGAAAAAUGUGGAAUGUGGAGAGGUCGAACUCCAACUUCAGUGGAUCGAUCUUCCUGGCAGCAAGCGAUAGAAUACGCAGGAUACUAUGAACUCUGGUUGCUGUUGUCUGUUGCUUAUACUGUUUGUGGUUUGACAUAUAGGCCGAGUUCCAUAAAUAUGUCCUUUGUACUCUGCAGCAAUAUGCAGAAGGUUUGUAGCUUAGUAAAUUAUUUGAACAACUUUCAACUUCUCUAGUAAUUUGCUGGAAUUGCUUAAGUUAUAUAUGGGGAUAAUGAUGAUAUAAUUAUAUUUA